CUCUUUAACAUUCGUCACCUUGUUCUGUUCUGUGUGCCACUCCUCUUCUCUUCUCUCUAUUGAACUUUCUAGAACCAUGGCUCUCUCUGGUGAUCAUAAGAAUAGAGGAGAGUUGAGGAUUUAUGACAGCGUGGAUGAGGUGAAGACUGUUUUGGCAGAAUACAUUGCUGAAUUGUCAGACGCAGCUGUGCAGGAGCAUGGAUUCUUUUCCCUUGUUAUAUCUGGUGGUUCUCUCAUUGAUUUAAUGGGACAACUAUUGCAUCCUCCUUAUAACAAGACUGUGGACUGGACCAAGUGGUAUAUCUUCUGGGCCGACGAGUGUGUUGUGUCGAAAAAUCAUGAGGAUAGCAGUUUUAAGCAUGCUAAGGAUGUCUUUUUAUCUAAGGUGCCUAUUGUCCCCAGUCACGCGGUUUCUAUUAAUGAUUCCGUGUCAGCAGAAGAAGCUGCUGAUGAUUAUGAAUUUCUCAUCCGACAGUUAGUGAGAACACGUGUUGUCAAAGCGUCUCAGAUCAGUGACUGCCCAAAGUUUGAUCUGGUUCUGCUUGAAUUGGGUAAUGAUGGCCAUGUUGCCUCUUUGUUUCCUAAUCAUCCAGCACUUAAUGAAAGAGAAGAAUGGGUGACUUUCAUCACUGACUCCCCAAUACCCCCGCCGGAAAGAAUCACAUUCACCUUGCCUGUUAUCAAUUCUGCGUCCAAUGUUGCGGUGGUCGCAGAAGGCGAAAACAAAGCAGAUGCUGUACUGUUGGCAGUAGAUGAGAUCGGACCAGAUUGCCUGUCAAUACCAGCAAGAAUGGUCCAACCAGCUAGCGGGAAGUUGGUGUGGUUUUUGGAUAGGCUGGCUGCCGCAAAACUCGAAGUUUCCGACUUGAAAAAUUAGUAUAUGAAGUCCCGUGCAGAUGUGUAACUUCAUAUGUAGUGUUAAGGGAUUUGACAAUGUUUUAUCCUGAGAUCCUGCUUAUUUAUUUUGUUUUGGAUAGAAAGUCUUUUUUUGCCUUUUUUUUUGGCUCUCUGCUAUGAGGUUGUUUGGAGAAGUGUAGUACAGUUUUUGUUUGCAGCCAAUAGAAGUUGAGAGCAUCAUUACAAUUUCCUACUUUCCUACCAAAUGGGUUGGGUUAUUGGUUAUGAUAACGAUGGUUUCUUUUGUUUCAGAUUAGAAAGAAAAAUUAGGUUCAAUUCAGUAAAGUUUUUCUUUUGGCUUUUGUGGCUGUUGAUGCAUGCAACAUGUACAUCAAGUAUUCUCAUAUCAUUUCACUUGACUAUUUCGGUGCACGUUUAGCGCUGGAGGAAUGAUGGAAAAGGCAUGGAAUUAUCAUCACAAUUUUAUUUGGUGGAUUGAAUUAUCAAUUUAUCAUCAUAUGUGUCAUCUAAAAAUUUCAUAUUGAUAGAAUAGCCUUUAGUAGUAGAUAGAUAUUAGAUAUUAAUUUCAUUCAAACCGCAACCAAUAAAUACUUAUAGUCAAA